CGCUGUGCGCGAGGGGGCGGGAUCGACCCGCGGGAGCCCGGUCUCUUAAGCAGCCCGGCCGGCGUGCGGCGGCAUGCAGCGCCCCGGGUGACGGUACCUCCCCCGAGACUGCCGCGGUGGCCAUGGCUGGGGAGCGCGCUCGCAGCUUGGGGAAAGGAAGCGCUGCUCCAGGCCCUGUGCCCGAGGGACUGAUCCGUGUCUACAGCAUGCACUUCUGUCCGUUUGCCGAGAGAACACGUCUUGUCUUGAAAGCCAAAGGAAUUAAGCAUGAACUAAUCAACGUCAAUUUGAAAAAUAAACCUGACUGGCUCUUUGAGAAAAAUCCCUUUGGUUUGGUACCUAUUCUGGAGACCAGCAAGGGUCAGCUGAUCUAUGAGUCUCCCAUCACAUGCGAGUAUUUGGAUGAAGCAUAUCCUGGGAAGAAGCUUCUACCUGCUGACCCUUAUGAGCGAGCGUGUCAAAAGAUGCUCUUGGAAAGAUUCUCCAAGUUACCACCUCUAGCCUUCAAACAUCUCCUGGCAGUUAAAAAUGGGGAGGACAGUUCAGCGCUGAAAGCAGAGUUUGGUGAGAAGCUUGGCGAAUUUGAGAAGAUUUUAGCCGGUCGCAAGACUGUGUUCUAUGGUGGGGACUCUGUGUCCAUGAUUGACUACAUGAUCUGGCCUUGGUUUGAACGUCUGGAAUUCUUCCAAUUGCCUGACUGUCUGCAGCACACCCCAAAGCUCAGGCAAUGGGUGGAAGCCAUGAAGAAGGAUCCUGCCGUCAAGGCUACGAUGACUGACGUGCAAACGUUCAAAGGCUUUUUUGAGUUGUAUACAAAGAACAGUCCUGAGGCGUGCGACUAUGGACUGUGAGAUGAGGGUGGGCAUCUACCUGUCACAACUGUCACUUCUGUUUCCUCUGGGCACCUGCAACAUGUGCACUGCAUUUGCCUGGGAUUGUGCAGUUCUGUGCUUGCAUUUUAAAAUGGGAGUAAAUCUGUGUAGGAAAGGAUGAGAAACCUCCUGUGAAGUCCUGUCCUUCCUGGUGGGAAGAGGGAGUGCUGGCCUCAGGCAGGAGAUGGGAGGUCAUUAGAAGUUGUAUAUGCAUCAGUCGAUACGGCACAAAGAUGUAAACCUUUACUAUCUCUGUUCUCUUGGUUUGUAGAGGGUGAUGCCUGUUUGGUUGCUUUAUGGUUUGAUUUUUGUGAUUCUGGUAUUUGAACAAUAAAGGAAGAAAUCUCGCUUUGGCUGAA